UGCGUGCGCAGAUUGUGUGCGCACGCGUGCAAGAAACACACUCUCGUAUCUGUCCGACGAGAAAGCUUCGCCGCCGGGAGGACCACUAGUCCGUGUAAGGUUUGGGACAGCCCCCAUUCUAUUCACGUCUCGAGACAGAUAUACACGCCCACUGAUAGCAGCUCAUCUCAUCUCACUUUAACAAUCACCUGCUCUAGGCGACCAACUCUCUCUCUCGCAAACUCUCUCUAUCUCGGAGAAACGGAUCCUGAAAUUGGCUCUUUGCCUCCAACUCUUGAUUUUUAAUCUGGUGGCAUGCUCAUGACGAUGAUUUAAUAGAUGAAGACAUGGAUUAAUGAUAAAAUCCUGCCUUUUGCAGAGGGCUUGUCAUUUCAGCAAAUCGACGAGGACUUGGAAGGACUGUUGGAAAUUUGGCAACCUCGGCCCCAAGCUUUGAGAUUUCACCGUACUUACUGUUUGUUCUUCAGUUCUAGAAAAUAAAUGUUUCAAAGGAAACACUGAUUUAUUUUCUUGCACCUUUGAAAGGAAAUACGUUUUUGUAAAGAGUUGGACUUUAAAUUUUUCAAUGGAGGUCAUUGGAAGUAAAAUGAAGUGAGGUCUUCACCUUUUUUUAUUAUACGGGGAAAUGGAAAGCUGCUGAAAAUUUGUUUGAAUGGACCUGUUCAGUUUUUACAAUUAACACAUUAUUUUUAAUAUAAGGGACCGUUUCAUCUCUGAGCUCAUCGGCAUCGCAAAAUUGACACAAGGCGCUUGGGAUAAACUGACUGAGUUGGAGAACUAAAAAUUAUCCUGCAUAUAUUUUGUAAGUUGUGAUGUUUCCGCAUUGUCCACCAGAACUAAUGGCGUUUACCCCAGUCCACUCUACGAAAUUCACCCCUCUUCCACACUUCUCGCCCCUCGGCCCUGCCUUCCCGCCUCUGGUAGCCGUCGGUACAUGGCAUCCCCACACCUACCGGCCUCCCACCAAGCGAGUAACGCCGUACUUCAUUUCCGAUAUAUUGGGCAUCCCACCCGACCCUUCAGCCGUGGCGGCCGCCGCAGCUUCGGCAGUGGAUAGACAUCACGCCCACUACCAUUACCAUCACUCGCAGUCGGGAGCCCUGGGUCGAUCGUCGGCCUGCCCCUGGGAUGCGACCACGCUGGCUCAGGCAGCUGAGUUUCACGCUCACUGUCGUGGACUCCGUGCCUCUUUCAAACACGCCGUCGAGAAGUCGGGUUACGAGAAGACGAAACACGACCCAGCAUCUUGUGACACUCAUUUCUUGCUUAGCCAUAAACAUUCUAAACUAGGGCUAGACGAUAAGACAAUUGACCUGAUAAACGGCGACGCAGGUGGAAAUGACAGCGACAUAUCGGACUGCAAAUCAGACACCAGCUCGAUCUCGAAACGAAAACUGCCCGGGGACGACGAUGACGACGACGAUUCCUCACCACACGACCCUUCAAAUAAGGAAAAGAAGAAGAAAGCGAGGACGACUUUCAGCGGGCGGCAAAUCUUUGAGCUAGAGAAGCAGUUUGAAGUGAAGAAGUAUCUAUCAGCAAGUGAAAGGGCCGAGUUAGCUUCCCUGCUGAACGUCACCGAUACACAGGUGAAAAUAUGGUUUCAAAAUCGUCGGACGAAGUGGAAGAAAACAGAGGGUAUAUCGAACGCCGAGGCGGCCGAGCACAAGAUUGGUGGACCAAAACAUAUCGAUACGAUCAGACAAAAACAGAUCGACGCUAACAAAGGAAAACUUUGCGACGAGGCUGGCCUAGUCAAGAUCGAAAAACCAGACGAGAAGGUAAACGAAUCUCUUAUCCAGCUUCCAGUCAAUGACGUCGGGGUUGAAAGUUCGGUGAGCGGGCCCACUAUCAGUACAACGGUUAAUUCUGUCAUCAUCCCCGAAACACGGUUUGAAGUCAAUGACCACGACAGAGACACUAAGAUCCUUGAACCUGUUGUGAAAGAGAGUGUUUGCAUAGAGCUUUGCCGGGCUCCUCUAGAGAGAUGUCACUUUGAAGUAGGACGGCCAUCUCCACCAGAUAUCAAAGAAGAAGUACAUGAAGAAUUCUCAGAGGGUAUCCUCAAACCAGAGAACAUUUGCCAUUCUUUGGACAGACCUAUAGAAACUGAUAAUUGUCAUUCAGAAACAUGAUUUGUUUCCACCAAGGGGAAAAAUAGUCCUUUCCCUCUGAUGUGUAUAUUUUGAUUUUAAACUUACACUGGAUGUAUAUUUACUGCAGUAUGGUAUCAUUGUAUCGAAUAAUGCAUCUCUUUGUCUAAAACAAUGUUCGAGGAAAGAAAGAACCUACAGCUGGAGAAGUUCUUGUCUUGAUUUGUUUACUUUAGCUUGUGAGCGAUUUCUUUAUAAAAAGAUUAUCAUGUACACAGUUUUGGUAUUCUAUUAGUGUAGUAAUCUUAUUUUAAGGAAAUAUGAGCAUGAUGAGAGAAGUAGUUUAUUUGGAUAAAGUCGUCGUGACACGAUAAAUUUUGUCUAUAUAAAAUCGUCUAUACAUUCUAUAUCUUGCCUCAUCUUUGUUUAGAGUCCCGAGCAAACAAGAACAAAAUCAUAUAUUAUCACAAUCAAAUGAAUUAUGUAGGAGAAACUUUAUCAGAUUAUUUACAUUCCUAAUUUUAUAUUUCUCAAUACAGCUCACCAUCGGUCGGUUUUGUCAUUUUUUUUUCUAAAAACAUUGAUCACGGAGGGUAUAAUGUGGUUGUACAAGUUAUGGGAGUAAUAUUCCCUUAUGCUGCACUACCAUGGACUACGAAAAACCUUUAUACUAAUUCAAUGAAAAACAAAACCAAAAUGUGAUAUGGUUAUACAUACCAACGGGGCAAUGGGGGGGGGGGGGGGUCACGAAGAUGUUUGAUCCCAUGGAGAUAGAGGAUAACUUUCUUGCUAUCAACUUGUUUUAUUAUUCAAUCUUUGGGAUACAUUUUCUGACUCGA